AUGACAUCAGAUCAGCUAUCUUACAAAGAACAAGGACAAGGACAAGGACAACUCCAUACUAGUGCUGAUGCUCAGACUAGAAAGCAAAAUGCCAAGUUAGCACAAGUGUUGGUCAACUUUUUCACUAAAGCUGCCAAUAUCAUUUUGGACUCGCGAACGGGCUCUGAUUGUACAUCAUAUGGAGAUAUCCACACCAUUCCGUAUAGUCAUGACAAUACCAACACCAACACCACCAUUCCUGGCACGGAUAAUACUACUAGCGAGGAAACAACCGUUCGAAUAAACAAAUGGUUCAAUUUACACAUGCCAUCUACACUGAUACUGAUACUGUCCAAAGAUGAUUUAAAGUUGUGGAAGUCUGCAGAUUUGGGGGCACUACCACCAAUGAUUAUUGAAACAUACUUGGACUUGAGACAAUUACCUGCAAACCAAACUUUAGUUUUAUUUGAUGAUGAAAAACAUCCAUGGACAGUGGUCAAGUCACCAAAUGGAAAAACCAAAAAACAAGAAGUUGUGUUGGAAAGAUGGUUGAUUGAGUUUGACCAAUCUUUGCAACAACAAAAUCAACAGAACCAGAACCAGAACCAGAACCAAUUGGGUGCAGAUGAGUUGCCAUCAAUGUAUAAACAGGCAAUUGUAUUAUUUCGUACCAUUUAUGGAUUCUCAAGACUACUACCUGCUUACAAAUUUAAAAAGAGAGCAUCAACUAAAUUGCCAUUGGGCAAUAAGAUCCUAGAUGGUAAUCAACCCAUAAGCUCCAAAGGAAGAAUAGGUUUAUCCAAACCCAUAGUCAAUAACAAUCAACCAGAUGAACAAGAUCCACACAUGACUCAAAGGAGUUUUAAACCAAUACAAACGAGUUUGGGAUUACUCAAAAUCUCAAUUGCAUAUAGAAAACACUAUGAUUUUGCAUUGCAAGAGCAGGAAGAACUCUUGUCUGAUCAUUUCAGUAAAUACGACGAAGAUGCAAAAAAAAAGUACCUGGUAUCACCAACAACUUCACUACCAUCAUUCAAGGAUAACAAAGGUAAUAAUAAUAAUAAUAACAACAACUUCAACAACAGUAACAAGAGUGGCAAUGAUACUGCCAGUUCUUUACAGUCAAUGAAUAAGGAGAUGUCGACAUCACCAAAGAAGACUUCUUCACGUAAUACCACUUUCAAAAUUGGGUCAAUUGGAAACUCUCCUCCACCUUCCCUUCCUCCACAACACCAGCAACAACAACAGCAACAGCAACAGCACCAGCAACGACAAGGCACACCAACUGCAUCAACAGGUACUGGAAUACAUACACAACAACCACAAUCUGUUCCCAUACCACAACCUAUUCCACAAACUACCCCUCAAUCAAUAUCAUUAGAAAGAAAAGUAUCAACCACCAGCAACAAAUCCAUUUCCAAUGUAUCCUUGGCUGCAUUUUUACGAAACCCACGUGGUAGCACAUCUUCAACCUCAAACAUACCAAUUGUUGGAAGUAAUCACAGCAAUAGCAACAACAACAACAACAACAACAAUAAUAAUAAUAGUAGUAGUAUCAAUAAUAAUAACCCAUAUGGGUCGUCAUUCCCUAGAUCUAUUAGUUCUUCAAUUGGGCACGAUGACAAUUUUGCUAGUCCGGAUAGUGCUGAUAAUACACCAAGGUUUUCCUCGUCGUUUGGCUCAAGAGCUAGUAGACGCUUUAGCAAUACUAGUAUUCGACAGCACACACCACAAUCUGAUUAUUUUGCACAUGGAAACAAUAGCGUUGAUGCUGCAUUGAGUGGGUUAUAUGGAGAUGAUGAUAUCAGUGAAUUCGUGAGGAUGAUUGAUAGCACCUCCGAUCUCAAACUUGGUGGUGCUAGUGGUAAUGUCAUUUCUGGUGGCCAAAACUUGCAUGAAUCAGAGAGUAGGAUAAAGUCUAUUCCCGAAGAUGAGACAAGUGGCGGUAGCAAUAUCCGUCUCGGUAUAGGUAGUAGCAGUGGUAUUGGCAGUGGCAGUGGCAGUGGUAUCGGUAUCGGUAGUGGCAGUGGUAGCGGUAGUGGCGAAGACGGUAUCGGCAGUGGAAAUGCAAGUGGUAGUCGAUAUGAAUUGAAAAAAUAUCAACUGUUGAGAAGUAGACAUCAGCAAGUGAGCGAUAGUGUCAAUGCCAGUAUCAUUUUGCAGUCGAGACAAAGCAGCCGCAAGAGUUCCUUGACGUCACCUCCCGGCUCAUAUGACCCAGGUAAUAUAAUUAUAUCUUCGAGAAGAGAUAGCUCGUCGAGAUCUAAUAGCUAUGAGCCUAAUAAGCCAUUGAUUGUUUCAAGAUUGAAUUCAGUAAAUUCCGCAAUACCAUCAUCCAUAUCACCAGCUUCAGCAUCAACUACUGCAGCGUCGCCAGCACCUUCGGCAGCACCAUUACCUGCAACACUAGCACCCACCUCAAGCAAAGUUGUAGCAGAAGCUACCAUGCAACCAAACAAGUUAUCGUCGAUACACUCUAUCGCUACCACCAGUAGUAUCAAUCGAAGCAGCAGUGUAAUGCCAACAAUAAAGAGUGGCCCAACAACGGUUGUUUCUGGUUUAGCUACGAGUCCUUCAGCAUACGACUACAAAUCCUCCACUCCAACCUCAUUAUUUAGACGCGGAGAUGAUCUCUUUCAACACGAGGACCAUCACGAUUGUGAUGAAUUACAAUCUUUGCUGCAGGGCAAAUCUAGAAAGUUAAAGAGGGAUGUCGACGAGGAUGAAGAUGAUUUAUUGUUCACAAUGAGCGAUAUGCAUCCAAAGUGA